CGUAUAGAAAAAAAAUCUCUCUCUCUCUCUCUCAGUGAUGGUCUUGAGCUCUCUAUACUCACGUGCUUUCUACAUAACCAUUACCAUAGACCCCAUAGAUCAUUUUGAAUCCAUUAACUCUGCUUCUUAACAGUCCCAGAAAAAGAAAAAAACAUAAAAUAUGACCGUUUAAAAGUCCCCUAUAAAUUCAAAUACAGGGAAGAAGGAGCUAUGGAGGGUGGAACAAUCUUCAAAAAUUGCAACAUGACCGUCAUACUCCAAAAUAAAAGUCCUCAUUCAUCUUCUGAGCUUCUCGAGUCUCUUUGGAUUUCCAACUCUUCCCCUUCUUUUCAUGUCUGUUGGUACUCUGUUUUGUUCUUUAAGAGGCCCCAGGAUCCCUGUCUCCAAAAUUUGUACCUAUGUCCUAAAUCACUCACAGUUAUUGGAUAUAUCUUCGGAUUCUCAAAUCUUAAAAUUCUUUUAUGAGAUUGUGAGUAAUUUGGGUCAGGAAGACACAAGUUUUUGAAGACAGAAGACGCUUGCCCCUUUAAGAGGUCAAAUGUUUUUUCCUUUCCUUCUAUUGCUGAAAUUUUUUUUUCUUUCUUUCCAUGAGUGAGACCAAAAAAAAGUUCCGUAAUGUUAGAAAUACCAAUAAAAUUCACAGAAUGGGCUAUAGAUGUACACCUAGACUCGUAGAAAAAAGGUUUGGGAAAAAAUGUGAGAAAAUGAAAUGUGUGAAUUAGAUUUAUGGAUAUAAGUCAGGUCACAUUAAGUUUUAAUUUAUAAUUUUAUUAUAAUUACAGAAAUCAAACACUGAUACAUAUAAAUAGAUAAAAUUUUAUACAUUCUGUAUCUAGCUCUCUGAUUAAUUUUUGUGGUGUUAACUUAUUCAUUCCAUUAUGGCCCCAUAGACAAUGACACAUUUAAUUUGAUUAGACAAGACCAUGCAAAAUCACUUUCUUGCCUAACACUAGUGAAAUUUCACUGUUAUUGACAAAUACAUCUUGUGCUAUUGCUUUCAAAUUUGAUGAAAUGGAGUCCGUCGUAUGCAUAGCUGACUCUGCUUCAUGUUCAACAUCCAUGGCUCCAUUUUUUGCUCAUUUUGAAAAAGAAGAAAACUGCAAUGAGGACUUCGAUGGUUGCCUCUAUCAACCCGAGAAGAAGCGGCGGCUCACGACCGAUCAAGUUCGGUGUCUUGAGAGGAAUUUUGAGGUAGAAAAUAAGCUUGAACCUGAGAGGAAGGCACAGAUUGCCAAUGAACUAGGGUUGCAGCCUAGGCAAGUUACCAUAUGGUUCCAAAACCGGCGAGCCCGGUUCAGGACCAAGCAGCUUGAGAAGGACUAUGAUUCUUUGAAGGCCAGCUAUGAUGGGCUCAAGGCUGACUAUGAUAUCCUCCUCAAGGAGAAGGAAAGGUUGAGAAAUGAGGUUCAUUUGCUGACAGACAAACUGCUUCUCACAGAAAAAGAAAACCCAAUUACAGAACCAACUGAUUUCAACAAUGAAAUGGCUACAGAUACUCAUAAACAAAUCACCAAUGCAACCUGUGAAAGUAUUAGCGAGGUACCAAUGGAAGCUAGUAAGCAGGAAGAUGCAAGUUCGGCUAAAAGCGAUGUUUUUGAUUCAGAGAGCCAUUCUUCCUUGUUGGAGCCUGCAGAUUCUGCUCAUGCUUUCAGAUCGGAUCAAUCUGAUUUUUCACAAAACGAAGAAGAUGAACUCACUAGGACCCUUUUGCCCCCAGUGUGCUUCCCUAAGCUUGAAGAUGGAGAUUACAAUGAACAAAGUCCAACAAAUUGUUGUAAUUGGAGUUUCCCAGUUGAAGAUCAGCCUUGUUGGUUGUGGCCUUGCUGAAUUGUUAUUAUUCAGGGAAAAUAAUUUUUACAUCAUUCAGCAAUGCAAUGUCUAGUAUUGUGUUGUAAGUAAUGUUGGAAUGCAAUAAAGAUAGUCAAUAUGAUAUUGCCCUUAACUUGGUCUUAUUUUGGCA